AUGGAGGCGACCAGGGACGGCAUCCUGGGCAACAACGGGACGCGGGCCGUGUACGCGCGCCGGGCGGCGACAUCCUCAGGGCCGGAGACGUGUGCCGCAACGCGAGGCUCGCCCAGACGCUGCGGGCCGUGGCGGAGCACGGGCCCGGCGUGUUCUACGGCGGCGCCGUGGGGCGCGGCUCGUGAGGGACGUCCAGGAGGCCGGAGGGAUCGUGACGGUGGAGGACCUGAACAGGUACCAGGUGAAGGUGCGGCGGCCGCUGACGGAAACGUGAUGGGGCUCCAGGUGGUGACCAUGCCGUUGCCUUCCGCCGGCGGUGCCGGGAUGAUGCUUGUCCUGAACAUCCUCGAGCAGUAUGGCAUUCCUGCUGGUUUCGCUGGAUCUCUUGGGAUUCAUCGCCUCAUCGAGUCCUUGAAACAUUACAUGGCGGUAAAGAUGAACCUUGGCGAUCCUGACUUUGUGAACGAUAGCGAGGUUGUGUCAGAUAUGAUUUCCCCCAAAUUUGCUGCUGAACUGAAGAAAACCAUUUAUGACAACAUGACAUUUGCGCCUAAACAUUACGGAGGAAGGUGGAACAUCCUUCAGGACCAUGGAACCAGCCACUUGUCCAUCAUCGACAGCGAGCGAAACGCGGUUUCGAUGACGAGCACCGUCAACGCGUACUUCGGUUCACUGAUCCUUUCCCCACGCACAGGCAUCCUGCUCAACAACGAGAUGGAUGACUUCUCCAUGCCGGCGAACGCGUCGGAGAAUUCUCCACCGCCAGCACCUGCCAAUUUCGACGGGAAGCUCGUGGCUGCAGUUGGUGCCAGUGGUGGCAGUAUGAUCCCCGCUGGAACGAUCGAGGUGUUCAUCAACCAUUUCGUCAAGAACAUGGAUCCAUUGGCUUCGUCAUGGCGCCAAGGGUGUAUCACCAGGUUUGAUACUUUUAUUCUGAUCCCAAACGAGGUCAAGUACGAGAACUGGACGACGGUGACCGGCGACCACUUCGAGCUCGACGCCGCGACGAGGGCCGACCUGCAGAAGAGAGGCCACGUCCUGAAGCCGCUAGCCGGGGGAACCAUAAGCCAGCUCGUGGUGCACAACAUCGGGCGCCAAGGCGACCUGACCGCCGUCAGUGACCCCAGAAAAGGCGGUGUCCCGGCCGGUUACUGA